AUUAUACGCUUUAUUUUCUUCAGUAUCAAUCAAGGUUAUUUUAGUCUCCAGCAGGAAGCAGCCAUCUUUGUGCUCUAACUGCUUUAUCUCGCUGCAGUAGCCGCAACAGGAAGUACAUCAAAAUCAAUGACGUCAUAGAAUUCAAGGCAGUACUUUCGUAGUGCACUACUCUAUAUCGGAAACGCUAUUUGUAUUACUCGGAGUGAAUAAAGGAACACACCCUCGAAACGCAUUACAGUACUGCCAGUACUGGCAAUGAGUUACAGCGGAACGCAGCCUGUGUGUUCAUAUUUGUGGGCUUGUAAACUUAUAGAUGGCGCCAAAUUACUAGGCAAAUUUUUCCCAUUUGAGUUGGACCACCCUGAUAGAUAUUUAUACAAGGCUUCAAUUUGAAUAAUCGACUUACGAAUCGAAUAACGACUUUUUAUUCACGUAUAUUUCAAUAUUGAAUAUAAUUAAUCGAGCAAGAUAGUUUUAAAUCGAAUUGUCGAAUUCUCAAUUGAUAUUGAAAAGUGAGUUGAACGCGCACUGCAAUGAAGCCCGCACGUUCGAAAACGCCAGCUCGUAAGCCAAUCUGCCGAUCAAAAAGUUCGAAUAUGAUAUCUAAAGAUCCUGUUCAAGUUUAUUGUCGUUUACGACCCAUGCACUCUCCCACGGAUGUAUCAUGCAUGAAAGUUACAUCGGAUAAAACGGUAGUCAUAACGCCUCCAGAAUCAGCAGCCAAUUUUCGUACGAUAACUAAUAAAGAAAUACAAACGACAUUCAGUCAUGUAUUUACACCUGAUGCGACACAGAGAGAAAUAUUUAAAACAGUCGCUCUUCCCCUAGUUGAAAAUCUCAUUCAUGGGAGAAAUGGUCUUUUGUUUACAUAUGGUGUAACAGGUAGUGGAAAGACAUAUACAAUGACUGGAGAACCACAGGACGCUGGUAUCAUGCCUCGGUGCUUGAAUAUUAUUUUUAAUACUAUUGCAAAUUAUCAAACAAAAAAGUUUGUCUUUAAACCAGAUAAAUUAAAUGGUUUUGAUGUGCAAAGUGAAGCAGAUGCUAUGCUAGAUAGACAGCAUGAACUUCAUACAGAUUUUUCACAAAGAACUGGAAGACUUGGAAAACACCGUAAGGUAGAUAGCGAUGGAGAUAGUAAUCCAGCAGUAGUUCCCGAAUGUAAUGAAUCGCAAAGUAUAACAGUUGACCCAGAUAAUGCUUAUGCUGUAUUUAUUACAUAUGUUCAAAUAUAUAACAAUGGUGUAUAUGACUUGCUAGAUGAAGAUGAUAUCAGAACCAAGACACUGCAGAGUAAAUUUGUUAGAGAAGAUGGCAAUAAAAAUAUGUAUGUACAUGCAGUCACAGAAGUUGAAGUAAAAAGUGCAGAAGAAGCCUUUGAACUGUUUCAACGUGGACAACGGAAAAGGCGCGUUGCACACACGGCGUUAAAUGCUGAAUCAAGUAGAUCACAUAGUGUUUUUACUAUUAGACUUGUACAGGCGCCUUUAGAUUGCGAGGGUGAACAUGUGAUGCAAGAUAAACGAAUUGUAUGUGUAAGUCAAUUGUCUUUGGUAGAUUUAGCAGGUAGCGAACGAACAAAUCGCACUAAAAAUACUGGACAACGUUUGCGAGAAGCCGGAAAUAUUAAUAACUCUCUGAUGACUCUGCGAUCAUGUUUGGAAAUUUUAAGAGAAAAUCAGAAUCAAGGUACAAAUAAAAUGAUUCCCUAUAGAGACUCCAAGCUUACACAUUUAUUCAAAAACUAUUUCGAUGGGGAAGGACAGGUCAGAAUGAUAGUCUGUGUAAAUCCACGAGCAGAUGAUUAUGAUGAAAUGAUUCAAGUCAUGAAAUUCGCGGAAAUGACUCAAGAGGUACAGAUUGCGAGGUCUAAUCCUGUAAAGUUGGAUCUUGGUUUUACUCCUGGAAGAAGACAAGCAAAUAAGAUAUUCAAAGAAGCAAGAACCAAAUUGGAAAAGGAAGGACGACCAGAAGCUGCUGAUUUAGAAAUCGAUUUGGGCCUAGUAUACAGUUUGGGUGGACCAUUUCCUCAAUUAGAGGCUACUUUGGACAACGAUCAAAUAAUACAUUCUAUAAUACAAUUUCUAAAACAGCGUAUCCAUAAACGGAACAUACUUGAAGCAGAUUUACAAAAGAAACAAGAAGAUUUUAGACGGACCUUAAUGGUAAUGAUACAAGAAAAUGAAAAUUUGAAAGUUGAAGUAGCUUCAUUGAAAGCUACAAACACACAACAGAAAAAAAAGAUAUUAGCAUUAGAAGGACACCUUUGCAAAACAGAAACGCAAAUUGAUAAUCUUUUAUGUAAAUUAAACAGCGCUAAUGAAACGAUACGAAGUUUACAGCAAGAAGUGAAAGAUCGGGAUUUGGCAUUGAAUCAACGUUUAAUAGAUAAGCAAAGAGUGAAGCAGAGAUAUAAUACAAAGAUGCAAGUAGAGACGGAUAAAAUGAACAGAGAGCUGGAAAUAAAAUUGCGUCAACAGCGCGAACGUCUUCAGAAUCAAAUGAAGGAGAAAGACGAUAAAUUACGAUUGGUAAAACAAAUAAUUGACGAUAAUGGGAUUAUUAAUGUAAUUCCAUCGAAGGAACAAGAUCCAGAAUUGACAACAAGAGUGAUCAGUCCAAAUAGAGAUGCCAGAAUAUCACGAAAGGAUAGAAUACCUGUUGCAAACCCGAGAUACAGACGAUCGCAAAGUGCUGAUAGAUGGAUCGAUCAUAGACCUCAAGCACUUGUGCCAAUCGGGACUAUAUUGCAACCACUGAUGCAAAGACGGCGAAGUGUGACACGACUUACUUCACCAAAAAAGAUUACGGAUGGUGCAUCUAGAUAUUGUCUUGUUGCGCAAGAACAUGAUACAGACGGAGAACUCGAAACAAAGCUAUAUAAGGGUGACAUACUUCCAACGAGUGGAGGAGGUGCGCAAGUAGUAUUUAAUGAUAUGGAGUGUUUGAAACAAUCAUCACCGAAAGCGAGGAAACGUGCUGGAUCUCGAGAAGAAGGAAAUAUAGAUCAAGUAGAUAUUUCUACAGAAACAAAGAGAUCACGAAUGACACCUUCAUGAUUGAACAUGUUAUAAUAUUAUUUUUAAGUAUGGAGAAUAAAAUAUCUUCCGUGAUACGCGCAUUUCUUAGUAUUAUUGUGACAAUUCGUGUAAUAAAAAAAUUGAUGCGUGAAAAUUCGUAUAAUAGAUUUGUAACGAGAUAAAUAACAUUUUUUGCUAUAAUACACCUCUUAUUCAUUCUUGUAUUAAAAACA